AUGACCGACGACGACGCCCCCGACACCACGGCCGUGAACGAGCUCUUCCACGCGGACAAGCGCCUGGUCGAGAUCCUCCAGGAAGAUGAGCUCACGGAGGAAGCUCUGGACCGCUUCCGCGCGCUCCUGGAUCCGUACCAGGAGCAAGGUGGUCUUCUGGACCCGAUCCUCCGGGACAUGGUCACGCCCGUCAUGGCCCGCAUCCGCUCCGUGAUCCACCUGCUGCAGACGUCGUCCGAGGGCAACACUGUCGCGUUCCCGUUUCAGGUGCUCCAAGAUCCGACCCAGCGCGACUUGCUCCACCGGUCCUGCCAGGUCAUCUACCUGCUCUGCAAGGUCCGCGGGUACAAGACGAUCGUCAAGCUGCUGUCGCAUGAAGUCUCGGAGUUCGAGCCCGUGCUUCUGCUCUUGCAGUCGCAAGAUCGCGACGACUGCGCGACGUGGGAAAUCCGAUAUGUUCUCUUGCUGUGGCUUUCAAUCUUGGCCCUCGUGCCCUUUGACCUCAAGACGGUCGACUCGUCCAUGAGCGGGCACGAGACCAGCGAUACGGUUGCGAUCGUGGCCAACAUCAUCACCAUCUGCAAGACGUAUCUCCAAGACAGCGGUGCCACGCAGCAAGCGGCCGCGCUCUGCCUUGCCCGCCUGUUGAGCCGCCCGGACAUGGAGCAGCGGUACCUCAAGAUGUUUCUCGCGUACGUCAAGGACGAGUUCGAAGCUUUCUGUGCACCGCACGUUGCCGACAUUUCGCCGACGCAAGCGCGCGUGCGCCAGUACCGCAUUACGGGCAUCAUGCUCAGCCUCUCGUACAUUUGCAAGUUUACGCCGCGGGAACAGCACAUCGUGCUCAUGGGCGACUACUUUGGGCACGUCAUGCGCGUCGUCGAGACGAUCCAGGCUCACGACGCCGACACGGUCGUCAGUAGCACGCUGCACCGCAAGCUGAGCACGAAGCUGCUGCAACGCAUGGGCCUUCUGUACCUCCCGCCAAAGGUGAUGGCGUGGCGCUACGCCCGCGGCUUGCGCUCGCUUGAGGUCAACUUGAACCUUGCGGGCGGCGCCCCGACACCGCAAGCCCCGACGGUGACCAGCGACAACGACGACGAAGACUUUGAGGUCCCGGAAGAGCUCGAGCAGGUCGUCGACGUGCUCCUCUGUGGCCUUCGUGACCGCGACACAGUUGUGCGCUGGUCUGCCGCCAAGGGCAUUGGCCGCAUCACCGCGCGUCUUCCCUACGAGUUCGCCGAUGACAUUGUCCAGUCUGUCCUGGAGCUCUUCGUCCCGAGUGAAUCUGACACGGCGUGGCACGGCGCGAGUUUGGCGAUUGCAGAGCUGUCGCGCCGCUGUGUCUUGCUCCCGCAGCGUCUCCCAGAAGCUGUCCGAGUCGUCGGCCUCGCACUCAUGUACGAUGUGCGCCGCGGGGCGCAUAGCAUUGGAGCUCACGUUCGCGAUGCGGCCUGCUACGCUGUACGGUUGCUGGCGUUUGCACGCGCGUACGAGCCGGCUCUGCUCUUGCCGUACCUCCAGACGACGUUGGCGCCCAUCAUGCUCACCGUAUGUGCGUUUGAUCGCGAGCUUAACUGUCGUCGUGCCGCGUCUGCCGCGUUUCAAGAGAGCGUUGGCCGACAGGGAGUCGCCAACUUUCCCCAUGGUAUCGACCUCUUGACCAAAGCCGACUACUUUACGCUGGCGUCCGUCACGCAUGCGUACUUGGGCGUGAGCUUGUCGAUUGCUCAGUACCGUGAGUACCGCUACGCACUCAUCGACCAUUUGGCCAGCACCAAGGUGUACCACUGGGACGUGCAAAUCCGCGAGCUCGCGACCAAGUCGCUCGGACAACUCUGCGCCUUGGACCCUGCGUAUGCAGUGACCAACGUGCUUCCCGCGCUACUCACGGCGAGCAUCUCUCCGCUCGUGGACGUCAUUGUGCGCCACGGCGCCACGAUGGCACUUACCGAGGUGACACUGCAGCUCGCUGCGGUCCCCGCCUUUCUGGACGGCGAAAGCAUCCGACGCUUCAAGAUCAUUCCGAUCGAGAUGGACAAGCGGCGGCUGUACCGCGGUCGUGGCGGUGAAAUGAUCCGUGCGGCCGUCUGCCGCGUCAUCGACGCUGUCAGUCGCAUGGGCUGGGGCGUGUCGCUCGUCGUGCUCAAAAAGUACCUCUCGACGCUCGAAGAAUGCAUCAAGCACCCGAACGAAGACGUCCGAUCAGCGGCCAUUGACGCCUAUGACAGCCUCGCAACGCGCUACUUGACGAAAUUGCUCGCCAAGCCGGGCUCGGACGCGGCCUUGUUUGUCGCCGCGAUCGUACCGCGCUUCCUCGCCAACGUGUCUUCUGGCCCGAAACAGCUCUUGAACCCGAACGUGGCGACGCGCCGCGGCUUUCUUCGCGUGCUUGGGCUCUCACCGUAUGUGAUGCUCCAGCCGCAUGCGGCUGCUUGCAUCGAUAUCUUUGUCGUCGCCGCCGUCGCAUCGCUGCACACGACGGACGAGCAAGACGCCGAGUCGCGCGUCGCGGCCAUCCAAGCGCUCGUCGACUACACGACGCGCAAUCGGUCCGAGCUCGAGGCAGCGACACUCGAGCGUAUUCUGGAUGCGCUCUUGCGGUGUGCGGACGAAGAUUACGGCAUGGACGAGCGCGGUGAUGUGGGGUCGUGGGUCCGAAAGGAAGCGAUGACGGCGUUGGCGUCGAUUGCAACGACGUUCUCGCGGCCUCUGUCGGUGCUAACGACCGACGACGUUGUGACGAUCCCUGGGUAUGGCGCAGGCCGCGUCGUUGACCGCCGAAGCUUGUCGGGAACAUCCAGUAUCGUUCACGUUCAGUUUGAACGGCCGUCGCCGAGCUUCUACUACUUUGCGCCCAACGGCAUUGGCAUCUUCAACAGCAAGCGCAUUGCGCCCCGUAACGACGCGGCCGACACUCCGAUGCUGCCGGUGCUCGCCGAGCGCGUCCGGGCGUCGGACGAUCGGUCGCCGCCCGCCGUGCAGUUUCCGCCAAAGCUCAUGCACCGCUUUUGCAACGUCCUCGUGAAGCAGCUCAGCGAGAAGCUCGACACGAUUCGAUCGGUCGCGGGCACCAUUUUGUAUCAGCUCUUGCGCCACGAACCGCUGAUCGAAGGCAUCGCCGAUCGCCCGGCCCUUGAGCGCGUCCUCGGCGACGGAUCGGUCAACUGGGCCAUGGCCCACGAGACGUUUCCGAUCGUCAUUCAGUUGCUGGACAGCCCCGAGUUUAUGGGCCCCGUGGUCGCGGGCCUCGUCAUUAGUGUCGGUGGCCUCACCGAGAGUGUCGUGAAAGCGUCAAAGAGCGCGACACUCGGAUGGCUCAAGACGCACGUCAAGCAGCAAGACUUUCGCAUCGCGUCGCAGUUUGCGUACCGGUGCCUCGAGCUCUUUGAUUUGCACACGUCGGAGGACCGCGUCGUGAUCCCGCUCCUCAAGACCAUGUCGGUGUGUCUCGAAGCCCAGGCACUCGCCUUCCUCCACAAGGACGGACCCCUCUUUGGCAACGCCGUGUACGACGCCGUGCGGAUUCAGAUCAGCAAGUCGUCCGACAUGCACAAGAUCAGCGCCGGUCUCUCUGUGCUUGUGGGACUUCUCCCCAGCGAGACGUCGGUCGAGCAGCGUGCUUUUCGCGGCCUCGCUGUCUUUUUGGGCCAUCGGUUUCCCAAGGUGCGCAAACUCACGGCCGAGAAGCUCUACACGCGCCUGCUCAUGCACGAGGAGCUCGUGGACGAAGCCAUGUACGAGGCCAUCUUGGGCACGCUGAGCGAAACAGCGUGGGACGGCGAUAUCAAUGUCGCUCGGACCCAGCGCGACAAGCUCCUCGAUCUUCUUGGCUUGGAGAAGAUCGCGAAGCGAGCGACCGAGGCCAAGGUGGUGGCGGCGCCGGCGCCGGCCGUCAACUCGUACGAGUCGCUCGUCAAGGAGAUGGGCUACUAAGGCGGCGACCGUCGCUGCAAAUUUACGUACGCACGGCUUGAUUACA